UAUUUAUUGAAUUUGGAUAGGUUAAAAGGUCGUAGUCGAAUAUGGCACUAGAGAGUGUCACCGCGGCCGAAAGACUGAUCCAAAGCAAUGCGGCUAAUGAUGAUUUGGAGGAUGGCGAAAUUCCUUCGGAUGAAGAUGAUGAGCCUCUGCCACCUCCAACACCAGUUAAAGCCCCUGAUCCAGCGAAAAGCUCAAAGUCCGAGUCUCAUAGGGACAGAAAUUCGGAAUCCAAGUCGAGUAAAAGUAAGAGUAAAUCAUCGACUAGCACUACUGUUAGUGGUACUGGUGGAGGUAAAUCUGACAGAUUUACAAAGUAUAAAAAUCCAUCGGAAGAUUGGGCUGGCGAUGUUGAAAAGGCUAUCAAAGCUGCUUUGGAUGGAGAUAAUAAUAAAGAGGAGAAAAGCAAGGGGAAAGGUUCUUCAAGUAGGAGUAAAAAUAGGAAGCGGAGUCGAGAUGAAAAGGAAGAGGAACGAAAUAAGGACCAGAAGAAACGACGACUAAGUGAAGACGAAAAUGGUAAUGAAGACGAGGAUGAGUUCAUGUUCGUUCGAGGAGCUUCUCCAAUAAACAGGAAAGAUCUCCAUGACGGGAGUCCACCUCGACGUUCCCACGAAAAUGACAACUUUGAUAAUAACUCUGAUAGAGAUUCAGAGGAGCGAUCGAAUAGACAUCGUGACGAAAAACGUGUCAGUAAUCGUGGUUCCACUCCUAGACGAUCAGGGAAAAAUGAACGGACCGGGAAAAAUAAAGGGAGAGGAAGUGCGCGGAACGAGCGCAAUGGAAGGCGGAAUCAAAUUACCGAUCAUAAUCAGGAUCCAGACUCAAUCUGUUUAUAUUUUAUGCAGGGAAAGUGUCAUCGAGGUGACGAUUGUCCAUUUUCGCACAAUGCACUUCCUCCUAGAAAAAUGGAACUUUGUAAAUUUUACUUGAUGGACUGCUGUGCUAAGAGGGAUAAGUGUCUUUAUAUGCACCAUGACUUUCCAUGCAAAUUCCAUCAUACUGGACUUAAAUGCGGAGCUGGUUCCAAUUGUAAAUUUUCUCACGAACCUCUCAAUGAUCAGGUGAAGAAUAUUCUACUUAAACAUUUGGAAACUGCACCGAAAGAGAUCCUGGGUGACUUCCCGCGACUAAGUCGGGAAAGCGCUCUUAUGAUGAUCAAUCAUACAGCUCGAAAUCACUCCCAAGGUCUCGAGGAUGAUUCGCAGAAGAUUCCGAGUCUUUUUGACGUCAGCCUCACUUCCCCGAAUGCUCAAGGAAACACUUCUUCCACCGAUAAAGACGAAGACCUAUCUGUGGAUUCACAGAAGCGUUCGAAUUCCUCUAAGGAAAAGAAAUCUGCUAAUAAGAAAACUCGAUGGGGUUCUGACGAUGAUCGUGUCCCCUUAGAGCAAAUAGUACUCCUACAAACAGUGAAUCAACUCGGCCUGAAUUUGCCCAACGUUGCUUUGAGCUUAGCAAUGCAGCAGCACCAACAAAUGCAGCAGCGUCUAUUAAUUCAACAAUGUAUAGCAGCAAAUAUGGACUUUUACAAUGAGAUUCAGGGGAAUGUGCUAUUAGAAGGCAAAACAAAACUCACGGAUGGUUUAAAGGACUCAGAAGAACUUACAUCGAAAUCUUCAGAGGGUCAUCUAAUCUCGAAAGAUAUCGAUUUGAGACAACUCUUAGCAAACGCAAUGCCUAAAACUCCUCGUAUCCUAAGUCUAGCUGAAGAAGCAGCGAAUCUCUCAAAAUCCAAAUUCGAUGAAGAAAGUGAUCGCGAAGAAGAAUCAAACCUUGUCAUCGAAGUUCCAGUGGAGGAAGAUGAUAAAAAUAAAGACUUGGAAGUGGAUAAAAAAUGUAAAGCUCUUGAAGACGGUACGAACUCACAGCUAGAUUCAAGGGAUUCACCUGUGGCAAAAUUAUCUGCUAGUGGUCGAGAAACUUCAACAAACCUGCCAAAAACUGCCCAAGAAAUAUUUCUACGGAUUCAACAGCAACAAAAAGCAGCCGGAGAUACUCUUAUUACCUCUGACGAAAAAUUAGCAGUGGAGAAUGCCUUGAAAGACCAGGAAGAAUGGUAUUCCGAUGAGUCGGACCGUGAUAAUGCUGCUGCUGCUGCUACUGCUGCUGCUGAUGAUAAUGAUGAUGGUGAUGAUGAUGAUGAUGAUGAUGAUGAUGAUGAUGGGCAUGGUAAUCUCCAGAUAGUUUUGAAGGAUAAUCAAAAAGACGAGAAGAGUGGAAGAGACAAUCAAUACAGUUCGAUUGAAGAAACCCCCUCCUUGCCUUCCAUAAUCUUACCCCAACCAGCACCUAUCGUUGAUAAACUCGGGGAUUUGAGUAAAAUAGACAUUAGUGCUGAAGUAACUAAGCUCUUGUCUUCCAUAAAACCUCCACUUAAACGAAUUUUUGACGACUCUUCCAAGAAUGAUGAAAAGUCGAGAACAAACUCACCAGACUCAUCGGAGACUUUGUCUUCCGCAGUUAAAUUGGAAAAUGAGGUACUUAGUCCUAAAUCUUCACCUACCACCAACACAGCGACAGUCUCUCGAGAUCCUAGGAUGUCCAGAGAUCCUCGUCAACGAAGAAUAGAAGAGAUUAAAUCUACUAGUCCAUCUAUAUCGGAUUUGAGAAAAACAGAUUCUAGGACACUAAGGCUAGAAACGAGUAUUUAUUCAUCUGGGAUAACAUCAACGGAUUACACACAUGGAAUGGAUACAGAUUUUCGGGCUAGAAGUGAUCAGGAUCAUCGAAGAAAGGAUAUGGAUUUAAGACAACGAUUUCAGGACUUUGGGGAUACAGAUUUACGAAUAGGAGGCUUCGAGAAUGGCAGAUCUGAUGUCGAUUUAAGACAAAUGUUGACGUUACCAUUUAAGCCUGCCCCUUCUCAUAUACCUUGCACUGAGAUUGACGCUAGUAUGGCUUCACAUUUGCCACUAUCAUAUAAAGUCUACGUAGUGGACAUACCGAGGCCCAAUUACACUGGUUUAAAGCUAACCAAGAAUGAUGCAGCAGUAAAACACGAUCCUAGACUACGUAAAAUUUUUAGACUAUCUAAUAACGAUGCACCCGAUUCUCCAAUGUCGCCCCCUCAAAGCAAACAAAUACCUGAUACACCAAAAUCCCCGCCGCAAUUGCGAGCUGAUCCUAGGAGAAAAACUCUGGAGAUAUCUAAUCAAAUUCCUGGCAAUUCAAUGAUAUCAGGAAUGCCUCCGAAUUCUGGUGAUCUUUCAAUUGGUUUAGGGAGUUCUGUAAUGCCAGGUCCAGUUCUCAAUAUGGGGAUGGCUCAGAGUUCAAUGCUGGGAGGGAUGAACUCUAUUUCUGGGAUGAUGAAUAUGCCUAUACAGCAUACAUCAGGGAUGCCCAUGGGGAUUUCUCAAAAUGGUCCCUCGAUGCAACAAAAUCAGCUAGGACUUGAUUCAAGGUUUAUUCAGAGGAAUGGAGGAGCUGGUUUGCUCGGUCCAGCCCCUGGGUUGUACUCUGACGUAGGUCCGAAUUAUGAUCAACCUUUUGCGGGCAAUAAUUUCAAUAAUUUUGGAUCCGGGGCGAAUGAAACAAUGAUGGGAUACGGCCCAUCGAAUCAGAUGAAUUUUGGUAAUAAUGGGCCUGAUUGGGUAGGGAACAGUGGCGCAAACGCAGGGAGAAACCGAGGAAGAGUGCGCAGAAGAAACAGAAAUCGCUCUAACCCCAAUAAUUCGAGUAGAGGGAACAGAUCACCUCAGUAGGUAGAGUUAACUUCAUGCACUACAACAAAAAUGCAAUUUUCCAACAAAGCUUGGAUUUAUUGAUAUUGAGUGAAUUGUUAAGGAUCGCUCAAUGUUAAAAUAAUCUAGUGGUUCAAUUGCGUAUUAAUCAUUUUUGUAACAGGGUCACAAUAAGUUCGUAAUCAAUGAAUUAUGAAGGAAAGCAUAAUUUGAUUAUUUUUACAUCUAGAUAAUCGUCUUCUUUUUUGAGUACAAUAAUAAAUGGUAUUUGAUUAUCAGAUCAAAAUUGUCACAAGGUGUCAUACUCUAUCUUUAAACGUUAUUUACAAUCCUGAUGGCUCAAGUAUUUUUAUUAUUAUUUGGAAUGAUUCUUCAUUUAUACUCUUGGUGCAAGUUAAAAUAAGACAGAUAUGAGUUGACAACUUCCAUUAGGUAUUACAAUUGCGUAUUCAUAAUAAGUCAUAACGUGAGAUUGGUUGAAUAAUUUUAUUUUCAUUAUUUAUAACGUAAAUAUUGAAUAUGAAUAACCGAACAGGCUGUUCACUUAUGAUAAUGUAGCUGUAAUUUCUAGGGAUAAUAAAAUUUUAUAUCUUUCUGUAAAUAGAUGAAAAAAAUUGUGUAUAUUCGAUGAUUGUAUGUAACAUCAUUUCUCUCUUCUCUUCGACUAUUUAUAAUAUAGAAACGAAUAAUUAUCAAAGAGUUGAAUUAUCUGCGACUAUUGAAAUUAUUCAUUUUUUAUUGAAGUAAUUAAGUAAUUAAAUCAAACAAAUAAAUGUACAUUGUCGACAUUGAAAAAAUAUAUUUGUAUAGAUAUAGACCUAACUGAUUUUAUAUCAUUAUUUGUAUUCCUAUUUUGGGUUAAAAAGUGAGUAAUGGACAAAUAUUGAAGGAAAACUAAAAAUUUUAAUUAAUAAAGUAUUUAUCUCUAGACGGCCAAGUUUACAGAGGGAAUAUUUUUUGUUUAAAAAUU